AUGCUGCGCGAGGGCCUCUGGUUCCUGAUGCGGCUGCUGAAGCUAGCAGCGAUCGUUGUAUCGCUAGUCCAGCUUCUGAUCUUUUUGCCUCUCUCGCUGGAGCAUAGUCAGGAGACCUUCUUGACGUUCUCCGCGCUCAUGGCCAUGUUCUACUUUAGCCUGACUACGAUGCGCCUGCUCACCGCCGACACUCGGUUCAAGUACGUGACGCGCAUCAUUAUGUCGCUCCAGAACUUUGUGAUUCCAGCCGCGCUCUUCUUGUGUGCGCGGUUGUACGCACCCGAUGCAUCGCAUGCAUCGCAUACAUCGACACCACAGCCGUUCUCGGCCACCUCUGUGCCAUGGAUGCAGUCCGUGUCGAAAGCCCAAAUGUGGCUUGCGUCUCGUACGCCAUUCUCCUGGGGUGUCAAGCAGGAGGAGGUCGUGCCCAAGGACCAGUUCUUCUCGACGCUGCUGCACAUGGCACAGUACUCUCUUUCGCGGGUGCCUGGCGCUUGGUACUCGUUCCUAUUGUACAUGAGCCCAGUAUUCUCCCUGCUCGAAGGACUCGCAAGCUUGUUGGUUGUACAGGCUGUCGCUCGAUUCUCUCAGUGGCUCAUUCACGAUCCUCAUGGCCGUCGGACACGACGUAUUAGCAGCAGUGUCCUGAUCCGCAAACUCCUCCAGCUUGGUAUUGAGGCAAGUGAGGCGUGGCAGCUUGUCUUUCUUCUGUUCUCGUCCACCGUGUAUGUGGCAUCGUCGGUUGGUCUGUAUGUCAGCUUCGAAGGCGCUACCAACGGCCGCCCACUUACGGCCGCGGCCAUUGGCGCGUGUGUCGCCUCGACGUUGUGGGUGACGGGGUUUGCUCUGGCCUUCCGCAAGGCGAAUAUCGUCGAGACGUGCCUUAUGUAUGCGUAUGUUGUGUUCAACGUGUACCAACUAAGCACGUCGUUGCUGCUGGGCACAGACCCUCUGCACUUGCUGCACUCGUUCCGCAGUAAGAACUUCUCAGCCGUGCUGCUGAAUGGGCCGACAGGUGCGAUACUAGACCGGAUGACCAACGCCAUUGAGCAUGGAUUGCGUGUGUUUAGUGUCGCGAUGGAGACCCUGCCGCCGACGGUGAUCGUGAACUUGGUAUACCGUGUGACGGUGAUGUACCUCGCGACGCGUGUGCUGGUCAUCUUGGAAUGGCAGAGUCAGUACCGCAGUGCCCCUGUGUCUACGCCGUCAGACACGAACUGGCUCGAUACAGAGGAGACGGCCAAGCUCUCGGAGCUAAUGAUGAGUGCCAAGGAGCCGAGCUCUUCGGAUGAAACGGAUACCCCCGACUAUACAAGUGCAGAAGAGCCGAUGGAUAUGCCAGAGUACGAAGAAAGGCCGGUCCGUUCCCGUAUCAUGGAGAAGGACGAGGAACGGAAGAACGAUACAAGACCAUCGUCCCUCGGCAUGGUCUUUGUGCGCUACUCGCGUUUUGUCCUAAUUACCGUAUACAGCCAUUUGCUGUUGCUGGAUCAGAACCACCAAAUCUACUGGCGCAUGCUGGCUGUAUCGUUCACAUUGGGUCUGUGGGGCAUUGAGCUGCUUCUUAGCAAGGAAGAUGCGGUGGUGAGCUAUGACUAA